AUGGCGAAACUCGAACCCGUCAGUGGCUACUACUACCUCUGGGAAUAUGUCCCUUCCAUGGCCGCCUCGAUUAUUUUCCUCACUCUCUUCUUCGCCCCAACACUCUUCCAUGUCUGGAUGGCCUGGAAAACGCACGCGCUGUUCUGCAUCCCCUUUAUCAUUGGUGGUGUCUUUGAAGUAAUCGGCUAUGCCUUCCGCGCCGCCUGCACCAACGCAACCGCCAACCUCAUCCUUUACAUCCUCCAAAGCGUCUUUAUCCUCCUCGGCCCCGUGCUCCUUGCCGCAAGCGUAUACAUGGUCCUCGCGCGCCUGAUUCGCAGUGUGGGCGCUGAAAAGUACUCCUUAGUCCGCAUCACCUGGCUAACGAAGACUUUCGUCACUGGUGACAUUGUCUCGUUUCUGGUCCAGGGCCAAGGCUCGGGGUUAAUGGCUACGGACGGAUUGGAGAAUAUAGCGAAGGGGAUCGUGAUCUGCGGACUAGUGAUCCAGAUCUUCGUGUUCGGGUUUUUCAUCGUCACUUGCAUGGUUUUCGAGAAGAGGAUGAAGCGCGCGCCGACGAGUGAAGUGCCGUACACUCAUCACCUGUAUCCGCUGUACGCGGUCAGCUGGCUGAUAAUGGUCCGCUCGAUCUUCCGGGUCCUUGAGUAUGCGAUGGGCCAGAAGGGGUACCUUUUGGUGAACGAAUGGCCGCUUUUCGUGUUUGAUGCCGUGCCGAUGGUGAGCGUCAUGGUUAUCUGGGGUUAUUGGCAUCCCGGCUCGAUACAGCAGGAGUCUACUUUACGUCUGGACUGA